ACAUUUCACAAAGAUAACAUACAAAAGGUAUUCUCUUUGACGUGGGUAUGAAAAACGUGACAGCUUCCUUCCCACAUUGCGUGUGCGUAUCAGUAUAUCAUACCGUGUGCUAGCGAGAUUUGCCCGUGAUUUGAUCGCUUGCAGAGUGUUACGUCGUUGCUAUGUAUAAAAUAUUUAUUUCAACAAUGGCUUUUCACAUUUCCAAAUGGCUAAAAUGUUUUUGAGAGUGAAAGUUUUGGAGGUGAUGACGUUGAAGCGUUACCAUGGCUACUCUCCGGAAUUAAGUCAUACGAUUAUAAAAGAAAUACCGGAGCUCGGCUUUGACAAUCACUUCACAUUCUAUCGUGGCGGUGGAAAAGUUAUCAAAGAAUUUACAUUGUGAGUUUGCAGUUAUGUUGUCGCAUUUUGUUCACUUGACUUGAAUGUGGGAUGUUCUUAUAACCUUGCAAGGUAUCCUCAAUAAUUUAUAUUGUAUUUUUGUCUCGCUAGAAGUAGCGAUAAAGAUGAUACCAAGACGCUAUCACUGACCAAACUAUGUUUUCUCUCUAGGUGGAAUUUGAAUACUACAAAGCCCGCGUUUCCAAUAUUAUUAAAAUUAAAAUAAACAGUGAUUUGGCAAUCAGAAGUGAAACGUAUUGACGUAUUGGGCAUAUCAGACGUGUCUUUUAUACUUUAGUAUUAGGUGCUUGUUAUAGUUAGGUCAUUCGAAACUGAUGGAUUGCUUACUACAAGUUUAGAGUAAUAUGAGCCGCCGUCUUUCUGAACAAUACGAUCAGCUGGAGUCUAAAACGCGGGAUAUUGUUUUCAACAUCUUAAGAAUUCAUUUGUCCGAGACACACUUCACUUAAAGAUGGCAGAACGUGAUUUGGAAGUGGAUCUUUACGAGUUCCUGCAAAAGAUUCAGUUGGAACAGUUCUUUGAGAAGAUUGAUAAAGUGUUGCAUCUGACGAGAAUCUCGCAUUUUGAUCAUGUUACAGAAAAUGAUCUCUAUGAUAUUAACAUGUCUAAACCAGAGCAAAGAAGAUUGUUUGAUGCCGUUAAGAAACACAAGAAGGAACGAAAGAAAGCCAGCAAGACACGCUUCAGUUUAAGGAAAUCAAAAAAGAAGGAAAGUUCUAAUCAAUCUGGUACCGUGAAGCAUACACAAGGUAAAUCAUGUUUGAUCAGCGAAAGCUCCCUUAAGUUGCUUGGAGAAUUGGGUGAUGGGGCUUUUGGUGUCGUCAGUAAAGGAGAGUGGACGCCAACUAAAGGAUCUAAGAUUCCCGUUGCCGUAAAGUGCCUCAAGUUUUCCGACAAGGACGCUUUUCUAAAGGAGCAAGAUAAUUUUAUGCGUGAGGCGAGUGCUAUGAGUGACCUGGAUGAUCCCAACGUGAUCCGUUUGUAUGGUAUUGUCCUCGCUACCCCUAUCAAGCUUGUUAUGGAGUUGGCAAUACUGGGAUCUCUACAAGAUAGGCUUAGAAAUGAACCUAAGAAAUUUCUUAUUUCAAUGCUAUAUGAUUUUGUUUUGCAAAUUGCAUCUGGGAUGAGUUACUUGGAGUCAAAGAGAUAUGUCCAUCGUGAUCUGGCAUCAAGGAAUAUUUUACUUUCUUCUUAUGAUAAGGUAAAAAUUGGUGACUUUGGAUUAAUGCGACCCUUGUCUUCAGAAGAAGAUAUUUAUGUCAUGAAUCCCGCAGGGAAAGUGGCCGUAGCAUGGUGUGCACCAGAAUGUCUUAAGAAUCGUGAGUUUUCACACGCUAGCGAUGUUUGGGCGUUUGGUAUAACUGUGAUUGAAAUGUUUUCAUAUGGAAAACAGCCUUGGGAUGGCUUGAGUGGUUCCCAGAUUCUUGAUAUCAUUGAUGAACCUGCCAAUGGCCGACCAGGAAAACCUGAUCAUUGUCCAGACAAGUUGUAUUCACUUCUUAUUGAACAUUGUUGGGAUCCUAAUCCAAAAGAUCGCUCGAAAUUCUCAUGUAUUAAGGAGAAAUUGCAAAAUGCGGCUCCUGAGGAUGUGACGUUGUUUUUUGAUUUGGAUAGUGAGACAAAUCCAAGCAAUCUUGUGGCAAAAUCUGGUGAUAUAGUAACCGUUGUUACGUGGAAGUCGAGGCUGGGAACUGAGUUUGGUAAAGGUCAGAACAAGAGAACAGCUGAGGUUGGCUAUUUUCCAACUGCUCAAGUUACUCGUGGUAUUUCAAAGAACAGAGGUUCCUCACGUGCGAGGAUUCCCAAAGUGAAAGAUAUUAGUCCACCUCUGGGUAACUCAUUCACACAUUGUGCGCAUCGUGGAAAUGGCGAAACACCAAACUGGGGGACAAUAAUGUCUGAUGGAAGACUGGCUCCUGGGAAGCAUUACCCAUUAAAUUUACCAACGAAAUUUAUUUAUCUCAAUAAUUCCGAUGGUGAAAAUCAAAUUGAAGCAGACACCGGUGAGAUUGAUACGUGUUCACUGAUGAGUCAUGACAGUUCAAACUAUAGCAGUUCUUUAUCACUUGGCCCAAGAAGUUGUGCAGACUCUGGUUAUUACAGCAACCGUGAUACGAUGAUGUCUCAAGAUUACGAACAAAUGGUUGGAAGUAAUCCCAUUGCAAUCCCGGGCUGGAGCUCCCGACAAAUGUUAUCCCCGGGUGUAAAUACCCCAGGAACAUUCUUCCCUGGCCAACAACACUCACGACGUCUUUCUACCACAAGUAAUCAGUUUGAUCCUCAUGGUCAGCGGUGCGGUCGCGAAGACGUGUGUGAAUAUAGUAAUGGGUCCGAGAUUCGACCCGCUCUCCCGGUCAAACAAGGAAUGAUUUCUAACAAUGGCAACAUGAGACGAAAGGUAUCAGCUGGUUUUCAUAUGGAGAGCGCGUAUGAAAAUAUUAAUGAAGUACCUGGGACCAACUACGAGAACAUGCAGGGACAUUCAAGCGUAUCAGGUCAAGAAGACCCUGAGGGACCUUUACUGUCCUCUUCUCCAGAAUCUGUGUAUAUGAACCAACCGGAUAUAAAGAAACCUGACAGUUUAAAUUUCAUAAAUAUGAAUUACCCAAUAAUAUACGACCAUCCCACGAGAGAUUACGGAUUCGAUCUUCAAAGGUGUGGCCGUUGUCAUAGCUUACCUGAAGUUGAUUUGAAAAACAGAAUUAAAAACAAAGAACACAAAAGAAACAGUCUUUCAUUAGCGAAGGAAAUUGCUUUGUCUUUGUUGAGUGAGAGCAAAUCGGCUCCUAUUUUGGAUCAAGAAUUUGGAAAAACUCCAGACCCUAGAAAUUGGGAAACUAAAAAUGCUGACGAGAUCAUGAACGAGGAAAUUUACGAGAAUAUUGAAAUUUAUAAUGUUCCACAAGCAAUCAUUUCUGAUAUUCCCCCGCCCUUGCCUGAGAAACGACGCAGUUCAGAGAAACGAAUUUCUGUUCAUCGAUUUAGUGGAUCGCACGAUGUUGAUAUUUCCAAGAACCUCUCAUCAUCACCUCGACCAUCACAUGAGGUAUUCGAGGAGGAACAUUACUCAUGUCCCAUGUCGCAAGAUAUACCAUCGAAUUUUGACCCCCAUUUGUACGCUGAGAUUUCUGAUCAAUUUAUUGAAAAGAUAAAUUUAGACGAGGAAGAUACCUUGAAAGAUGAAGAUUCGAUCUUAGAGGAAAGCAACAGUAAAGAUUCCUUUGUGAAUAUUAGUAAAGACUACGCUGAUUUAGAUGCAAUUUGUGCCAAGUUGCGCGACGAUACAAGCUCAGAGAAUGAACCAUUUCCUGUCGUUGAGGCCACAAACAAAAUAACAAAAGACGAGGAUGUUUUGUGGAGAAGGUUUUCUCCUGAUCAGCAGCGAAAUGAUCAACGUAAUCGAAGAAGCAAACGUAGUUCAGUCAGCAAUGAUAGCUCAAUAAAAAAUCAAUCCGAUAAACAUCAGCCAUCUGAAGUCAACACUCGGUCGUUGUCCAACAAUUCUAUUAAACACCCUUGUAGUGAACUGGAAAGCGUGCCUUAUACCUGUGCAACCCUGGUUACAACAGUUUAGAUGACGCGAUGAAGUUUCUGCCAACAGUAAGUGGUGUUACACAUCGCAAAUUCAAAUUCAGAUUAUGAAAGAUUUGAUUGAUAGCUUCCUUCACAAUGUUCAUUAUCAGAAGUAAAAAUAGGCAUUUGGAAGAGAUAUGUAAAUAUUGUGUAAAUAAUGAUUAAAGAAGACGAAACUGGAAACAUUACCCUGAGGACUGGUAAUGAGGCUAGUCAUAUGGCAUGUGACAUAGGUUUCUAAAUGCGUAAUGUAUUAAUUUUCAAAAACGUAUGCUAUCAAAUAGAUAUAUUUAAUUAUCGUUCAAAUCAUCAUCGCUAUUAAUAAAUUGUGUGCAUUUUCGACGAA